AAGAAUACCACGAUGUCCUAUACCACACACCGAAGAGACAGCACAACUAUUCGUUCGCUACAUCAUCUCACAACAUGGCAUUCCAACCACACUCAUCUCCGACCGAGAUCCCAAGUUGACCAGCAAGUUCUGGAAGGAACUGAUGUUCUGCUCGGGACCAAACUCGCCAUGUCAUCAGCUUACCAUCCGCAGAUAGAUGGACAGACCGAGUGCCUCAACCAGAUUGUAGAGCAACUCCUCCGCACCACAUGCAAAGACGGAAUCUCUAAAUGGGACUUGCAUCUGCCCGUCCUGGAGUUUGCCUGCAACAACGCCAAUCAUGCCGCUACUAGACAGACGCCGUUCUUCCUCUGCUACGGACGCCACUCGCUCAUGCCAUAGAAACCGACAGUCGCAGCCGCAGU